AUGAGCCUAUUACACCAUCGAAACGAUAUCUUCAAAAGGGAGGAUGGAAAUCUUUAUCUCUCUCCCCGAGGUAUGCAAGCCUUAGUUGUCAGCGUCGUCUUCACAUCACUGGCAGCUUCCUUCGUUGGAAUACGUCUAUAUACUCGGCUGAAGUUUUUGAGGCGACUGGAAGCCAAUGACUGGAUGGUUGUCAUCGCUUUGAUCAAUUCCUUCAUUUUUAUGGGCCUGGAUAUCGUCGAGGCCACGAGUGGCAUGGGAAUGCAUCUUAAAGACAUACCACCAAACAUUCUGGAGCGACAAUUCAAGGCAUUCUGGCUCACCAUUCCCUUCUACAAUGCCGCCGUGCUCUGCGCAAAAGCAUCCAUUCUCAUGCAAUACUUUCGCGUCUUUCCCACACGCCGUAUGCGUAUCGUCUGCUGGGUUCUGAUCACAGUUCUGGGUGUUUACGGAACAUGGUGUGUGAUUAGCGCUUUCUUGACUUGUAUUCCCGUGGCCAAGUUCUGGAACCCUACGCUCCCAGGCUAUUGUUUGAGUAGACCCGGUCUGUGGUUUUCGAACGCUAGUAUGCAUAUUACUACUGAUCUGGCAAUCCUGAUUGUUCCAAUUCCGGCCUUGAUCGCUAUCGAUAUCCCGAAGAGGCAGAAGAUUGCACUAAUGAUCAUGUUCGCCCUGGGUGGUUUUGUCUGCAUCACGAGUAUCAUCCGUUUGGUCAGUCUUAAGACGAUCUCCGACUCAAUGGAUCCUACCUAUGACAACGUCGGCGCUGCCUCAUGGUCUGCCAUCGAAUGCAAUACAGGCAUAAUCUGCGCUUGUCUCCCAACUUUGAAGCCACUCCUCUCUAGGAUUAUCCCGGGUUUACUGUCCACAUUUCAUGGCAGCAAGCCCACGCAGAAUACCACUGGUAUUUCUAAUGUGCGCACAGUUCCCUGGAACGAGUCCACCCUCGGUGCACCCUGCGAAGACCCUGAGUACGGCGCAGGAGACCCUGAGCGAGUAUUGGAGUUAACUUCUGGAGACAAUCUCCAAUCUACCAGCAGAUCCCGGGCUGAGAAGCAUCAGAUGGCCGAUGAUAUUUCGGUUACGGAGCUUAUGGGGCAUCAGCACCAGCACCGACACCAGUAUAGCGUUUCAACUGGCUCGUUUCCCUCAUGCAUAUGA